UCCCAGAAAUUACAUUAAUUAACAAACUAAUUGCAAGCGACCUACACGCAUUGUUGAAUGAAUAGUAAUAGGUAAUAAAAGUCUUAUACGAUCUAAUAGAAAAAAUAUAAGUGUCAAAAUUACUCAAUAAUCAAAACAUGUCCGUCAAAAGAUUUUCAAAAAAAAUCCGAAAAUAUUUUUAGUAAAAUGCCAAAUUCAAGACGAAGAAAAUUCUCAGUUCAGAAUGAAGUGGCACGAAAAAACCUAUCUAAAGGAGGUACAAUCACAACUAAUAGCAAUUCAUCUUCAAAUUUGUCACUGAAAAAUAAUAAAUCCAUAAACAAAAGUCUUCAAAACCGCUCAGUAGCAUUAGAACCGAUGGCGGUCGUGUUAGAAUGUGAUAACUGUUCGACCACGUCACCAGUAAGAAAAGAGAUCAAACUCGACCCUGUUGACUCAAGUGCCGUCAAACUCCAUAGCCUGAGCACAUCUACACACAACGCAUCAGUAGAAUCCAACCAACCUACACCACAGUUGACGCCACCGCCGUCUAAACGGGAGACAAUAAAUAGAAGCCGACGGGAGCCAACUCGUCAACCACGAGCAAGAGUCCGCAGUCCCAAACAUAGCUUGGUUGUCUUUGAUACACUAAGUACAGAAAUAUAUACCUCAGUUGACUUAAGUCCUACCAAACCCCAUAAUUUAAAGACUGCCAUAGACUCUGCAUCCUUAGAAUUGUCACACCCUACACCGCAAACGUCUCCACACUCAUAUAAACGAGAAACAACGGAGAGAGCCCUUCGGGAGCAACGGCAUCAACAUCGAGCAAGAGUUCGCAGUCCAAAGCAUAGCUUAUGUGUCUUUAACACCCCUAGUAUAGAAAUUCACAAAGUAAUUGAUAAUGGGACAAGUGUAGAUGUUGCUAUAGACUCUUGUAUGGAGACAGUAGGGACAAACGUGAUUGACUGGGCUCAAGAAACGCGAGAUUGGGCCCAAGAAAUCCAUGUUUAUACGGUGAACACGGCAGAACUAGAGAUGUUAGAGUUGGAACAGCAGAGCGAUAAUUCGUUGGAUGAUAUGUGUAGAAUCUGUCACAGUGGGGAUUGCUUAUCUCCGGAGCUCGGGAGGUUGGUGUCAGCAUGCAAUUGCCGUGGCACGGUGGGACGCGUCCACGUGCGGUGUCUAGAGCGAUGGCUAACUGAAUCCGGCAAGUCGCGCUGCGAGCUUUGUGGUACACGGUACCAUACGCGCCGUGUGCAUCGCUAUGGAGUGCUCAAAGCGCUGGUCAUGUGGUUCUUGAGUCAGAACGCUAAACAGCUGAUGGUGGACAGUCUCGGCAUAAUGCUGAUGUCCCCGCUAGCGGUGCUAGCCGCGUGGCUGUCCGGGCGCACCCUAGCUGGUCUGAUGACGCAGGAGAGCCAAGUCACGCCCUGGCCGCUGGCUUCCACGUUCGUGCUCGCCUGCAUGACUCUGGUAUGUUAUUACUGCUGGAUCGUAUCGGCUGCGACACGGCAUGCCCUCGGCUGGUGGAUCUGGUAUCGUUCACAGUACGAAGUUCGUCUAGAGUUGCAAGAUGAUCAAUGAUAUAGGCGUAUCCUUGAUGUGGCGUACGUAUUUUAAAAAAAGUAACUACUUAUUUAAGAUAUAUUGUGGAUUAGGUCUCGGUCCAGCCCUAAAGCCAAGUAUACCUUAAAACUACAGAAGCUUUACCCCGACCCUGAUGGAAAAUAGUUAACGCUUAUUGUGAGUAAAAUGUACACUAUCGUUUUGCACCAUACAAAUCCAUUUCAAUACAGCUAUUUUCGUGCUUGUUUUUUUUUACUUCAGCUUCAGGGAUGGAACAUUUCCAGGCCCUCAUUGUAAAAUUAAAAUGUUUAACGUGAUUUGAUGAUGAUUCCACAUUAAGUACUCACAGUGUACACCAGUAUGCAAGUACAGGCAACAUGCACUGCAGUAUCAAAAUAUCACUUAUAUCAAAUCAUGUAAAGAUUUUUAAUGUCAAUAGCAUAUUUUUUAAACACGUGCGAGUCCGUGUUUAGUCUAGGAUUGUGUAAUAUGUAUGCAACCUAAACUAGUAAUAAACGGUUUGGCUUCUA